AUGGCCGCACUCCUUCUUGCACCCCCAGGACCUGACAGCUUCAAGAAAUUCACCCGGGAGUCGCUUGCUAACAUCGAGAAGCGCAUCCAAGAAGAGAAGAACAAGAAACCACCCAAGCCCAGGUCAGACAGCAGUCACCGUGACACGUCUGAUGACAAUGAGCUCAAACCCAACAGUGACCUGGAGGCUGGGAAGAGCCUGCCCUUCAUUUACGGCGAUAUUCCUGAUGGAAUGGCCGCCACACCGCUGGAGGACUUGGAUCCGUACUAUAUGAACCAGAAAGUGAGUUUGCAGGCCAUGCACCACCCAGUGUUCUCCCAAUGCACCAAAAGCACCAAAAUCUAGAAACAUCUCCUCAAUGAGGCUGUGAUAUUUGUAAAACUAGAGUGAGAGUAUUUACAGACACAUUCCUCUGCUGUUUGUUAUAACCUCUAAAUCUUUUUCUCAAUCACUGGUUUUGUAGACUCACCAUGUAAUACAUUCACUUUCACAACAGAUUCAGGUUAUAUAUUUUUGUUAUUAUGUCUUAUAGGGGUGCACUGAGAUUUUUUCAUGUCUACAACAACAGUGCAGGAAUGAUGUGUAACGCAAAUCCUGGGCAGUGGUAAUUCUUAUAAGAGGUUUCUGCUGUGUUCAUUAAUUAUCUGCUAUGAUGAACUGUGAAAUGAUGAAACAGCAGCAGGGGCUGACAGAUUCACCUUUGUUGUUAUACACUAUCCAUCAAAUGGAAUAUUCAAUCAUUUUGUGACAAAUAAUACUCCUAGAUGUCAAGUGAACAACACAUACGCUGAAUGUGUAGUCAGUUUAUUUCAUUGGUGUAGUCGAGUAAAACACUCAUAGUUGAGUUAUUAUUGUGCUUUGUGUGGCUGCUAUUGCUGUGUGUACUAUCUCUUUAGCUUAGCUUAGGUUAAGUUCAGCUGAAACAGGACUCACAGAAAUGCUGCUGUGAUUUAAACUUGAUGUGAUAGCUCUGUGCCUAUCAUGCAAUGGGGCAAUAUACUUCUCAUCACCAGCUUAAUGUCUGAUGUGCUCUUGCUGCUGUUAUUGUGGUCUGCAGUGUUUCCAUUGUUGCUCACAUUUCCACAUUGUUAUGAGAUUAAUCAAUAAGACUAAAUGCAAAUACACCACAAAUGAUGCUGCACCAUUAUUGAGAUCAAUACAUCAAACAUUUAUGAUUAUUUGCUUCUUAUACAUUACCAGCACACCGACCACAUGCCCUCCUUGCAGGCCUUAUAAUUGUGACAAUGCUGGAAUUAACAACUGUCAUGUCUGGUUGAUCAUGAGUGAAGACUUAAGGAAAAAGUGUCUGUUUACAUUAUUAUUGCACUAUUGUCACUUUUAAUGUGCUGUCUGGCAAUGAACUCUACUGUUCAAAGACUGGAAUUUGUAGGAUUGACACUACAGUAAAAUCCAAUCUUCGAUAAGGACAGAGAAGAGUGCACAUGUCCAUGCUGACAACACUAUUGGCAUCACUACACACUCUAUAGUGCCCUGGGAAGUAAGGUCUUUGAAUGCAGGGGAGGAUUCAGGUUGCAGCCAGAGGUCAUACCCCCCCCCCCCCUUCAAAGAAUAAUUUUUACCAAAUUACAACAUAUUUUGAUAAUCCAUAUCUACCGUCAGACAACAGCUAAUGUUAAACCAUCCACUUCCUGGCUAAUUUUACCAUUAGCUUUUGAGUGACGUAAUACUGGCAUUACCUAGCUUUUUAAGUGGCCAACGCCAAUACUGAUUUCAAGAAAGCCGGUUGAUUUAUAAUGCCAAUACCACUUUGUGUUGUUCAUUUUUUUUUGUUGGUUUUGGUUUUUGUUGCAUAACGCAGAUAUUGGGUUAUGCUGUAAAUUGCUCAACAUGGCUGAUAUUGCUGCUAAUACUAAAUAUGAGUAUGUUAUGUUUACAGGUACAUGUUCUUGGCUUGUUUUAGUUUCACAACAGAUACAGAUAAAGACAUAAGAUCACAUCCAUAAUUCACAGCUAUAAAAUGUUUUAUUGUGCUGAAGGUCAUAUAAGUGCCAUAACUCAGGAUAGCCAAGCAGUUGCUGCAUCUAAGAAAAGUCAGUGUCUUUAUUAUUGUGGGAAAUGUGGGGAAAAAAAAACACACAGAGAUACUCUUGCUUUUGUUUCCAAAUUAUGUUUUUUAAUUAAGAAACUUCAAAGCAUUUUAUGCUGUUGUCCCAAACCGCCCAAACUGGAUCUAAGCUGGGCUUCACUGGGUUUUUUUUAUUAGUGAAACAGGAGUGAGUGAAGGCAGAAGAUGGCAGGAGAGCACAGAAGGUGGAGAGAAAAGGACAAGAGUUUGCUGUGGUACCUUCAGCUGUGUCCUGUGUGGUGGUGGUGGUGAAAUAAUGAGUAAGAGAAUCUAAGGCCAGUACAGGAGCAAGAAGCCCAGUCAGCAGGAUGGACGAUCUUGGCCAGCAGCACUCCGUCAUAGAGCGGAUGAAACUAUCAAGUGCAUGUUCCUUUUGUGAUCUAUUGAUCCACAGUCCUAGUUCAGUGGUGGUCACAGGAAGAGAUACAACCUCGUCUUAUUAUCCUUUCUCACUCUGGUCAUUACCCAUUGCAUCUUGCUCUUUAUCUCCCUGCUUUCAUAAUCUCCAGUGAUGAUUUAAGGAAAGUUUCUGCAUAAUAGUUUUUCAUGGCCACAUAUUGUUAAGCCGUUAGUGCGUUACCAUUGAAGGUGUUUUGGAAAGACAAGAAUUAGAAAGUAGUGUGUAAUAAAAUCUAAAUAUGUAAAAAUAUUGACCUUUGAAUGGUAGAUUAGAGCAUAAAAGCUUGGCAGCUCAGGAUCUGUGUAUAAAACCUUUUUAAUAAGGGUUCAUCCAGAUAAAAUACAGUGAUACUCUUCAAAUUGCUGAGUCAUUAAGGAUUAUAUAAAAAAAAAACUGGAAUAUGGACGACGUGAAAGUAGUGAAAAUGUGAAAACAUUCUGGAUCAUCUCCUCAUCCAUACUGUUAAUGAGGAGGAGAGUUUGGUUGCCUUAUUAACAUGCCAAACUCUGUAGCCUCUUUGAAGAGUACUUUGAUGACAGCUCCAAAGCCUUAAUAGGAUCAUAAAUGAGCUGUUGUUUAGAGCCUAUGAAAUUAAAACUCUUUUAGAGUUAUCAGUAUUAGGUCAGACUUCAGUAUAAAAUGUGCUGCCUUUUUCAGAUAUGAUAAUAACUCCGGCUACAUGUAAAACUUCAUUUGUACGAGCUGUCCAGACAAAUGAAAAAUAUAUUAUAAUGAUUGUUGGCCAUAAAUGUGUGCCUCUGGUUAAAGUCUUGUAUAGGAUAUUAAUGAGUACUCCAUUAGCACGGGGAAGAUUGUUUGGUAACGGGCCAAUGGUGUGCCAACAUGUAUAAGAAAUGAUAAAAACGUCUUUCCUUGGCAUUGGACAGUUGUAAAAGUUCAUACAGUCAGACUAGCUGUAACACAACAUAGCCUCAGACUUCUAGACUGCAAUUUCAAAGGAAGGGAUGGCGUAUUUGACCCCAGUAAGCAUUCUUCAAUUUAAGAAUAUAUUAAUAUCUAGGGCCGCCAUUAAAGUAAGAGAAAACUUGUUGGAAAUUUGUUAAAAUAUGUUCUUAAAAUGAUUAUACUUGGAACAGAUUUUACUGUAGAAUCUUCCCAUGACACAUGAUUUGUCACAUAAUCACAAAAAUUAGUAAUAAUUUUCAAGUAGCUUAUUGUCCAUAUUGUGGUUAAAACUGUUGUAUUCAAGUGCUUUACAGUCCAGUCAUGAAGAACUUAAGUGACCGAGACAGGAUCCAAUCCUACAACUAGCUGUACACAAGCCUGCCACUUUUUAAUGUUAGCCACCCAAAUCUUAACCAACCAUUUUCCCAACAUUUAUGCAUUUAGGGUGUUAGCAUCUGGGAGUUUUUUUACCUUUGUAGUCAAAGUGUCAAAGCUUCAGUGCCAGCAUAUGCUUCUUUUUGUCUUUCUCUGCUGUCUUUGGGAUUGUUCUGCAUUUUCUGUAGGAUCACACAGCCCAUAAAUCAAUGAAUUUUAUUGAAAAUAAAAUGAGUUUAAAUUACAUAGAUGGGAUUUCACCUUCCAUUUUGAGUUGGCUUUGUGUGAAUGCAGUAAUAACAACAAUACCUGACCUCCUUUCCACCCUAAAAUGAACAGUUUAUCAAAUUUCUGCACAAAAUUGUGUGUCCUGACUUGUUAUUCAUUUUUCAGCUGACUGGAAAGGUAACCUUAACAUCCAGGCCCGAUUUCAAACACAAUUUAAUACUAAAAUCCUGGUCUGUAGUCCCUGGGAUGGCCAGAAAUGUGUCAUCUUAAAAUUAGGCCAAUAUGUGUUGCAUAGUUCACAAGCUCCAGCUUCCUGUCUUUCUGCCUGGUUGAGAUCUGCUUACUCCAUCACAACCGUCCAUAUGUCACAUCAGCAAGUUUAGUCAGAGUCACAGGCUAAGACCUCAUCUCUCCUCUCCAUCUUACUAUUAUUCACAUCAAUCAUGUUCCUAAUCCGCUAAUGUCUUUGUCCUUUAUCACACAUGACCAGGUGCCUGUGUGAGCACAGUCAUGGUUCGGUUCCACUCCUCCUCUAGCACCUCUGUCCUCACCUUCCUAGGCUGCCCGUCUCCUCUACUCGACCCACAGUCAUCCUGUCGCUCACCAUUGCUCUGUAUGUCAAUGAGUGUGUGUCAAAGUCUGUGUGUGUGCAUGCUUGUGUGUGUGUUACCAUCAGCUGCAGGAAACCUGAUCACAGCACUCAUGCAUCAAAGAGAGGAAGAGGGGGCAGUGGCAAGGAAAAGAAAUGCAGCGUUGCAGUUCUUGUUUUCCCCUGUGAUGGGGAGAGGACUGCCUAGGCUUUUCAAAUGUCUGAUGCGAUUAGGCAACAUUACAGCCACUGUGGUCAUACAGGGGGAGCAGUGCAGGAUAAAUGGAGGGCAUUAGAGUGUUUUUUUUCCCUCCAUGUUGCACAUGUAAACAUAUUUGUGUUCAGAGUCAGGAUUUCAAACUACAUGGAAAUAUAAAGAUGAUUCAGCUGUUUUUGGCUGUGGGUUUGUUUGGACAAAAGGACUUGAACAGAACUUGAUGCAGAAGCUUCUUUCACCUCCCAAAUGUGGCGUUUUGUGGACUGUUUUAUAUUUCAGUCCAGUCAUUUCUGUUACGGCCUCUGCAGGGCAACAGUUACACAAGUGAGUGCUGCUUUUAGCUCCCGGCUAAAGCAGCAUCCUCUGAAUCUCACCAUGAAGCACUGUACACAUCAUUGCAUUAUGUUCUUAUACCACCAUCUCUCUAUCUCUCUUUCACUCUUUCUCCUUUUCUCUCUCUGUGUCUCUGUCCAUUACUCUCCUUUUCCUCCCUUUUCCUUCCGCCGCCUCCUCUCCAGCAUGCUCUCUUUUUUUCAGGGAGUUGUAAAUUAGAGCGAGGGCCAGGCUUUAGUGCUCUGUCUGAGUCCUCAGUCUCUGAUGACACAGCAUCCUCCUGUGCUGGGCUGAGCGAGAGGUGGGGGGUUGCCUUCGAUGUUAGACAGGUUUGUGUAAAGAGCGAGGGUGGGGUAAGGAGGGGAAGAAAGUGUGGUUUUGCAGCACAGCAUACACAUGAAGCCGAGGGAUGACGCAUUUUUUUUAAUCUGUAACAUGCAGGAGCGUCGUCGUUUCCUGUUUAGUUUGUCACAGUUUGUGGUCAGAUUUAAUGUAUUUCUGGCAUAUUUCAGUCUAAUCUGUGGUAAACUGAAACAGAAACACACAAAGAGUACAUAUUCAGGCCAAGAGUGAUAAUAAUGUUAGAUUAAGCUCCCUUGUAAGAUCUGUGCAUCAAAGCAUCAAACCGACUUCCUGUCGAUAUUUAUGCGUCUCUGUAAAUCUAAUCAGGAUUGUGAAGCUGUAGCGUGUGUGUGUGUGUGUGUGUGUGUGGGGGGGGUUUCUCUUUCUUGUUCUGUGAAGAAUCUUUAAAAUGCAGAUGUGUUUUUUUUUUAAGAAAAUCUCAUCUUAUUGUUACUUCGUAUGAAGGUCAUCACACUUCGUAACAAAUUCAUGACAAAUAAUCUUUUAAAGGUCUGUAAAAUGAUGAAAUAAGGUCAAGUUUUAUUUCUUCUCGAGCUCUUUUGUUGAUAUUUUGAAAUGACUUACACAUUACAAAGGUUUCUUUUUUUCAAACAGAAAAUGCUCUGAAACUCUAAUUUCAUCUCUAAUUAUAAAAGGGUGGGAUGUAAAAAGUAUAGAUCCAUUAUAAGAUAAGUAUAAGGCCAUCAGUAAAGAGGUCUCCAUGUCAGUCUGUGUGGUUCAAGCUGGGGUCCUAAGAUGAUAAAGAAAUGUACAACACCCCUCCCAACAGUGUAGUCUCUAUUGUUUCCCUUUUCUAGAUCUCACACAGCUCUCUUAUCAGCCCCCACCACCUCCACAUCUUCAUCUCAUUCUUAGUUUCUCUCUGCUGCAUGCCUACCCAGUCCUCUUCUUCUUCUUCUUCUUCUUUCUCCUCCCUUUAUCUACACAUCAUCCAUCUCAGGUUUGGCUCUCUCCCCUCUGCAGCUCUCUGGCUUUCUGUUCUGCAUCACUCCCCCUCCACCCCCUCAUCUCUAUCUCUCUCUCUCUCCUUUCUCUCCCUCUCUCUCUUCGGUUCUCCUUGCUGCCGCUGUCCCAUACCCCUGCAAACCCCUCUCCAUAUCCUGCUCCACUAUUCCUCCUCCUGACUGGAACACACACAAACACACAUACAGGCACACGCAUGCACAGACUGUCCUUGCAGCUGCAUUCUCUUUUCCUUCGGAGUCUUGCAAAUGUGCCUGUUUCUUUAACGCUCCACAGAGGAGCAGGAACACCAGCUUUGCAGCAAAUAAGCCUUUCUCUCAGUGAAGCUUGCUCUGCUGAGCUGUGUACUUUUGCAAAUGUGUAUACCAAAAUAUAUGUUUUUAACUGUGUCACCAUAUGGGCAGAUUAGUUUGCAUUAUGUCACACAUUUUGUGAUCCCUGGUACUGUUCACAAUCACAGUGACUUGGUAAAUACAUGUGAACACAACCCAUCUUUCCAAGGCUUGGCAGGUCAAGACAAAGCUACUACAUCAUUCAAUCUGGCUGUAGAAAUAGAUCUUUUUUAUGAAUGUGCUGAAGGCAAAAGCUUAAACUCAGAGUUUGUCUGGAAAUUUGUUAGACUUGUAAAAUGAUAGCAGUAGCAGUUUUGUUUAUAAAGCACAUUUUUAUUACAGGUUAGCCCUAUAAAUUGGGGAUAUAAAUAUGGAAAAAAUUAUUAUAUGGAAUUAAAAUAAUUAGAAAUAGAUAGAAAACAGUCUCAAUGUACCAUUUUGAAUCAUUUGAUCAAAAAAUUAUCUGUGUAUUUUAUGUAAUCUUGUUUGUAGUGGUUGGACUUGAUGUACUUUACUUGAAAUGCUCAGGUUGACAUAGAUGAACAUGACCUCGUGAGCUGAAUGUUAUUUGGCCCAACUGCCUAACGUGGAUAUUUCAUAACGUGAGCCUAUGAUGCAGCUGUGCAAGAGUGGCACUAUCUUUAAAAACACGGACUGCAGAUUUUGUUUACAUUUGAAUUUAAGGGCACUAAUUGACUGCAGAUUUUCUUCAAUCUAAUUGUCUAGAUAGAGGUUGUUUUCCUCUUUUAUUUCCUCUGUGAGAUGAUAAUAGUCUUUGGCACUUUCUCUUAACUCAGUAAUGUUAAAGACUUUCGUUGGCCAAUGACAAUGCAGCUCUCAUGGAGAAAAAGCACACCUUCAGUAUUUUAGAAGAUUCAAAGGUUGAUAAGCUAUUGAUUAAUGCGUCAGACGAUCAAUUAAGGAAAUUGCCCGACAUUUGCAUCCCUUGUUGAUGUUGUGCCAGGUUGCCAAGUUUGCGUCAACAGCAGAUUUUUUCGUCUCCAAAUGGUCACAGUUCAUUGAGAAACUGGAGUCUCAAUUUAUUAGACCUUUGAAUCUUCAUUCACAGAGGAUGAAGUAUAUUUAAUCUCAGAGCCAACAAGGUCAAAGCAGGCUUUGUUCAAGGUGGUAGCUUUAUACUAAUCUGAGAUUGACAAAAACGCACAAAGCUGAAUUCUUCACACUGAAAUAACACAACUACAUGUACUUAAGUUCUACAUGUGGGCCAUCUGCAAACUGCUAAUAGAGAAAUUGCUUACAUUACCACCUCUGCUUCCAUCCACACUCAGUAUUUGCUCGGUCAGCAAACAUACAGUUGACCUCUGAGAGCAGCUUUACCCUUUAAACGUGACUUUACUUCCUGCGUUUUCUCGUUUGCAUGGUGUUGAUCUGGAGUCGAUUAUUCUUUCCUCCGCGUGACAGGAAAUAUGUUGUGAGGAUAUUUAAAGUAGUGCAGAUGCUCUGUAGACAAAAAGACCAUGUGAGGAUGGGAGAAAGAGAGAGAGAGAGAAGAGUCUUCUGAUGCAGAGAAUACAUUUUGUCUUUCCCCAGACUGCAGCCGCUAUUUAUAAUUUAAUUAGAUUUCAGGACACCACUUGUCUCAGGACACUUCAAGGCGCCUCACCAUUUCCUUUGAGUGUUUCCCAUGGUGCAGGCCAUGAACUCAUGAUGUGUGUAUGUUUUUGUUGUUGGAGGCUCUUUAUUAUAUUAUCUAGAAUUAAUAUACCUGGACACUGAAACGUAGCAAGGGAUAUUGGUUAGUUUUGUGAGAUGCUGCUGUUAAUAUGUGUACCCAAGUGUACGCAGGUUUUACAACAUAAUAACUGAAUUGAGGAACAGCACAAUCAUUUAAUUAUGUUUUUUUAUUGUAGAUGUUUGUAGUUUUUAGCAAUUGUAAGCUGUAUUUAUAUCAACAACCACCAGGAACUGUUUUCAAAUAAAUAAAAGUUGGUUUGUUAGAGUGUAACCUAUGAAUAUGAUUUAUAAGUUUUAGUAAGAGUACACAAAGUUAAUCAAAAAUAGUUGCAUCCCAAAUCCAGACUUUUGUGCUUUCUUUUAACAGGUUGAAACACUUGCAUAUUAUGCUGCAAUUGAGUUACCUCCAAAGUCAGAUGUCCGAGCUGGGAGUGACGUCACACCUGAGGUUAUCAGCGUUUCAGUUACCAAGUCGGAAAAAAGCAAAAUCGGAGGUGGAAACAAGAUGGCUACAUCUACGAAAGGGGAUGCUAAAACAACUUUAAAUAACUAAAAUAACAUUAAGAACUAAUGUUUAACUGAAAUAACUUUCGUAGAUGUAGCCAUCUUGUUUCCGCCUCCGAUUUUGCUUUUUUCAGACUAGGUUAACAUAAACGCUGUUAACUCAGGUGUGACGUCAUUCCCAGCUCGAACUUCUGACUUCCGAUGUAACUUGAACGCAGCAUGUGACCAAAGUUAUGUAAUUUUAAAUUGUGAUGCAAUGGAAUCUAAAAAAGAUCAGAUUUUUGUUACGUUUUUUUUUAACGAUCCAUCAAAUAACCUUAUGGCCAGUCACAUACAAGCAUGAACUUUUGAAAGGCUGUUUUUACUCAGAUUUUGUGGCUGCAUAUCAGAUUCUUACCGCUGAUUUCAUUUAUGCAUUCCAGUAUUUAUUAUGUUUAGUUUUGAAUGCCCUGGAUGCAAAGCAACCAACAUUUGUAAAAUAAUGAUAAUACAAAUAAUUACGUACAACGACAAUGACUUCAAUGCUUUUCUUUACUGGUUACAAACAGCAAGUUAAUGUGCUCUGUAAAUACUCAUCUGUGGGGUCAUAAAUACACCAGAGGAGAUGUGGUGAAGAGGAAAAGAGCGUUCUCACAGCUAACAGGGUUUCAUUCAAACCACGCAGAGGUUACUUUGUCAGUUAACCAGCUCUGACUGUAUCACAUACAAAAAAGAAAAAAGAGAACGCAACUGCAACAAGUUAUAGCGUUAUAGUGACUCCCACUUUCUCAUUUGUUAGUAAAUAUUGCUCAUUCUGUCCUCUCUGACUUUAUAUUGUAUUCAACCCCCCCCCCACACACAAACACACACAACACACACACACACACACACACACACACACACACACACACACACAGUGCUGCCUCACCCCGGAGCCUCAGCCCCACUUGGCCUGGUUGCCGUUUACGGGUGGGGAGUGGUUGUUGAGAGCCUAGAGUCAGCAGAUCUGGUCCUGAUCGAUGACAGCGUUUGCGGUUCUCUUCCAGUAAGAGCUUUAAACUUGGGCUAAGAGAGUCAUUUGGCCACAGUGAGGGGGGAGCUUCCCCAUGCACCUGUCUGAUGCUUCAGGGAGGAGGGGGGGCGACUGACACAGCUACUGUCAUGGUGUCCGUCUGAUGCAACCAGACCAGGACAGAGGGGGAAACUGCACCCCUGGUUCUGAGGUUGCGGGACAGGGAGAGUGAUGUCAUUGUCGAGAAGCUUUCACAAACCUUAAUCCUUGCGUGACACUGUUUGAUAUCGUGGUCUUUCUUUGUUUAGUAAAAGGACCUCACAUCCUGAAGUACACUGCUCACUUUUCUCUUACUGCUUGCUGGGUAAGGGCGUCAAAAUCUAAAAAAGGCGACACAGUAACAGUUAUCUAAAUGCUCCUUUUCAUGUGUAUUUUGGUUGAAUAUAUUGUGAGCAUCCAGCCUGCAGUUAAAGUGCCAAACUAAUGCAGUGUUGUCCCAUGACUCAGAGGUGAGCUCAGGACUCACAUCAGCUCGUCGGUGGAGCUGCAGUCGUCCUGCUUUCUUCCUGUUUUUACAGAUAAGGCUUUGUGCUGAAUAUCUUGUGACUUAUAAUUAGCUCUGAUCAUGUCCUAACUGUAUUGUUAUCUUUUUCUCUGUCUCUCUCUUUCUUUCUCUCUCUCUCUCUCUCUCUCUGCAGACAUUUAUAGUCCUAAACAAAGGGAAAACAAUCUUCCGCUUCAGUGCCACGCCCUCCUUGUACAUCAUAAGCCCUUUUAAUAUAUUCAGGCGAAUAGCUAUCAAGAUUUUAAUACAUUCAUAUCCUUUUAUGAGAUUCAGAUCUUUUCUCUUCAGUAAAUGUAAAGAAUUUGUACAUUCUCUUGGCCUAUGUUACAUGUUUUCAUGA